GGCGAGGGCCGGGAGGCUGUGCCCGUGAGCCUGCGCACACGCAGGGACUCCCGCGCCCGGCUCGCCUGUCUGGCAGGCGCGCGGCGGGCACCCGCGAGCCCGGCGGUGGCAGAUGGGACGGCGCGGAGCUGCUUGAGCUCGGUGCCUGGGCCUCCCCACUUUGGGCAGGCGCCGGGGCGGUGUUGCAGCGGCGGAGUCAGCCAGAGCUGUCGCCGCAGAAAGCACUCCUGGACGCGCGAGCAGAGGUGGCUUCAGCCCCGCGGAGCCCCAGCUGCGGGCUUUUGCUGGUCCAUGCUCAGGGGGCCUGCAGGGAUGGCUUGCGGCGCUUCCCAGCGGCUGUCCUCACCUUGCUAGGGCCCCGCGGUGGCGGCGUUAGGAUGCAGCUCUCGGCCGUGGUCAACGCGCUGCUGGUGUCGGUGCUGGCGGCCGUGCUGUGGAAGCACGUGCGCCUGCGUGAGCAUGCGGCCAGCCUGGAGGAGGAGCUGGCCCUGGGCCGGCAGGCCCCCGAGGCAGCGCCGGCGCCGAGGAUCGACUACCCGAAGGCGCUGCAGAGCCUGAUGGAGGGCGGCACGCACAUGGUGUGCACGGGCCGCACGCACACCGACCGCAUCUGCCGCUUCAAGUGGCUCUGCUACUCCAACGAGGCGGAGGAGUUCAUCUUCUUCCACGGCAACGCCUCCGUCAUGCUGCCCAACCUGGGCUCCCGGCGCUUCCAGCCAGCCCUGCUGGACCUGUCCACCGUGGACGACCACAACACGCAGUAUUUCAACUUCGUGGAGCUGCCGGCCGCCGCCCUGCGGUUCCUGCCCAAGCCGGUGUUCCUGCCGGACGUGGCUCUCAUUGCCAAUCGCUUCAACCCCGACAACCUCAUGCACGUCUUCCACGACGACCUGCUGCCGCUCUUCUACACCCUGCGCCAGUUCCCCGGCCUGGCACGCGAGGCCCGGCUCUUCUUCAUGGAGGGCUGGGGCGAGGGGGCACACUUUGACCUCUACAAGCUCCUCAGCCCCAAGCAGCCUCUCCUGCGGGCCCAGCUGAAGACCCUGGGCCGCCUGCUGUGCUUCUCCCACGCGUUCGUAGGCCUCUCCAAGAUCACCACCUGGUACCAGUACGGCUUCGUGCAGCCCCAGGGCCCAAAGGCCAACAUCCUCGUCUCUGGCAACGAGAUCCGGCAGUUCGCGCGGUUCAUGAGGGAAAAGCUGAAUGUGAGCCACGCGGGGGCCCCGCUGGGCGAGGACUACAUUCUGGUCUUCAGCCGCACGGAGAACAGGCUUAUCCUGAACGAGGCAGAGCUGCUGCUGGCGCUGGCUCAGGAGUUCCAGAUGAAGACGGUGACGGUGUCCCUGGAGGACCACGCCUUUGCGGAUGUCGUGGGGCUGGUCAGCAACGCCUCCAUGCUGGUCAGCAUGCACGGGGCGCAGCUGGUCACGGCGCUCUUCCUGCCGCGCGGGGCCACUGUGGUGGAGCUCUUCCCGUAUGCCGUCAACCCUGACCACUACACCCCUUACAAGACGCUGGCCACACUGCCGGGCAUGGACCUUCACUAUGUCGCCUGGCGGAACACGCUGCCAGAGAACACGGUCACGCACCCCGAGCGGCCCUGGGACCAGGGGGGCAUCGCGCACCUGGAUCAGGCCGAGCAGGCCCGUAUCCUACAGAGCCAGGAGGUCCCGCGGCAUCUCUGCUGCCGCAACCCCGAGUGGCUGUUCCGGAUCUACCAGGACACCAAGGUGGACAUCCCAUCCCUCAUCCAGACUAUACGGCGUGUGGUGAAGGGCCGGCCUGGGCCACGGAAGCAGAAGUGGGCGGUCGGCCUCUACCCUGGCAAGGUGCGGGAGGCGCGGUGCCAGGCGUCGGUGCAGGGCGCCGCCGAGGCCCGCCUCACCGUCUCCUGGCAGAUCCCGUGGAACCUCAAGUACCUGAAGGUGAGGGAGGUGAAGUACGAGGUGUGGCUGCAGGAGCAGGGGGAGAACACCUAUGUGCCUUACAUCCUGGCCCUGCAGAACCACACCUUCACUGAGAACAUCAAGCCCUUCACCACCUACCUGGUGUGGGUCCGCUGCAUCUUCAACAAGCUCCUGCUGGGACCCUUCGCAGACGUGCUGGUGUGCAGCACGUAGCGAGCGCGCAGGGGCCAGGCCUCAGGACGGUGGCUCCCCCAGCUCAGGGCCCCUGGGCCUGCUCCUCCCUGCGCCCCUGGUGGCUUCUGGGAGUUGUUUAUUUAUUGAGCAGGCCUGCCCCGGGCCUGUGCCUCUGUGUCUU